AUGUUUUUAAAAAGAAUUACUUUAUUUCCUCAAAAACAUUUUUAUUUCUGUUUUCGUCAACUACAUUUAAGUAAUUUAUUAGAAUAUGGACGUUAUCCAUAUUUUAAUAUUCACAAAAAUGUUACUGAUCCAAAGAGACAAGAUCCUGAUUAUUUUGAAAAGGAGGCGGAGAAAUUGCCUUUAGUUAUUCAAUUAAAAAAUAUUUUGGAAGGGGGAAUUAAAAGUAAAUUAAUUUGGAAUUUUUAUUUAUUAAAUAUAAAAGAAUUUAAAGAAAUUGAGAAGAAAAUGUUAUUUAGUAAUUUUGUUUAUUCAAGUAAUAUAAAAAUGGAAAAUGAGAAUGGAGGAAAUGGAUUGGAUGGAGAACCUUUAAUUGAAAAAGAUGAAAAACACCAAAAAUCAAAAAAAGUUGAAGAUUUGCCUUUAGUUUUUUGUGAUUAUAUAAUGUUAGCUUUACUUUUUACAUGUUUUUUGUGGCCUUUUUCUAUGCUUUAUAAUUAUUUACAUUAUGAUUGGGAUCAAAUUUAUGAUGAUUUUAUUGAAAGAAAAAUUGAAGAAAGAAACCAAAAACAACAAAAAAUAAUUUAA